AUGAGUGGCGGGGAAACGAAGCUAGAGGCUACACAACAGAACGAUAUCUCUUCUGGCCCGGAGGAAGACCAAAAAGAUUCUCCUCUGCAAUGGUCUUGGCUUCGCAAACACGUUAUAUUGAUUCAAUGCAGCUUCUUCGCUGUCUGUCCCGGUUUCACAAGCUCUAUCCUAAUCCCAGGGAUCAAUGACGUCGCACAAGAAUUGGGGAUCACCUCCCAAACAGCAACAUACCUUGUGGCAGUCCAUGUCCUCUUUCUUGGACUGGCACCAUUCUUCUGGAUUGUCUGCAUGAAUGCCUAUGGGCGCAGACCAACUUUAAUUACGAGCAUGUUCUUAUCUUGUUUCGCUGCUCUUGGUGGAGGUUUCGCGAAGACGUAUGGCGGCCUCAUGACAGCACGUGUGUUUCAGUCAUUCGGUAUCUCAGCGGGCUUUGUCCUACCUGGUGUCAUCGUGGUGGAUCUUUUCAGUGCAGAGCAGCGAGGGCAGAAGAAUGGAAUCUGGGCACAAAUGGUCUCGAUCGGGGCACCGCUCGGUGGAGUGAUUGGCGGACCCGUCGUUCGGUAUGCUGGGUGGCAGUGGGUGAUGUGGCUGACUGCAAUCAUGAAUGCUGUUCAGGCAAUAUGUUUCAUCCUAACAUGUCCUGAAACGUCAUACAGCCACCGGAAAAAUGGACGUGCUCGGUUUCAACUACAAUAUGCCUUGGAGCCAUUUUUGAUUCUCCAAGCGCCACAUAUUGUUCUGGUUGCAUUUGCAUAUGGUGUGACAUUCGCCAUUGUCUCUGUGGGGCUCGCUACUAUUGUGCCCAUUGCCCUCGAAAAGGAAUAUGGAUUCGGUGCGGUCGCCCAAGGGCUGUUCUUCUUUGGGCCUUUGAUUGGUGCUGUGAUUGGUGAGCAGCUGGCAGGUCCGGGGAGCGAUUGGAUUAUGAAGAGGGAGCGACGGCGUGCUGCUGUCACCACCAGCAACAAGCCAGAAUCUCUCGAGCACCGUCUCAUAGUUGGUCUUCCUGGGGCUGUGAUGGCAGUUGCUGGCAUCUUGAUUUUCGGCUUGUCACUGCAAAACCAUACCCAUUGGAUCGGGCCAUGCAUUGGGUUCGGAGUCGCAAACUUUGGUUUGCAACUGGUCACAACCCCACUGAAGACUUAUUGUGUUGACUGUCUGUCUUCUCAUUCGGGUUCUGUGCUUCAACUCAUCAAUGCUAUUCGCCAGAUUAUUUCCUUCACGGUACCGUUCUGGAGUCCCGAGCUAACAGAUCGCCUUGGGUAUGGACUAGGGUAUGGAAUUGAAGCAAUAAUCAUGGCUACCAUCUUCACAGGUUGUAUUCUGGUUUUGGUUUGUGGUGCAUCUUGGAGAAAGUCCUUGCCAGUCAAAGGGCUCAUGAAAGGCCCCUAG